ACCAUCCAUUACUCGUUACUCGCAGGACGUGCGCGCAACUACAACUCUGACCUCGCCAUCAGCAUGUAUCUUUUAUAGGCUCCCAGAGAAAGUGUAGUUCAGAGAAAGUUGAGCUCGUGUCCGGUCGUGUUCGGCGUCUUGUGCAGAAUCCAAGGUACCGAGAGCCUCUCCACCACCACAGCUCGAGCAGAGGGCAACUCACGGUUGCAUCACUCGCUCACACACACACUGACGCAGCGACACAAACCGAGUGCGAAGGAACAAACAACGAAGUCUAGGAGAAAAGUCUUUCGGCUGACUUUAUGUGCCGAGAGCUGAAAGAGGACGAGAGAGAGAGAGAGAGCUGGAGGUGAUGGAAAGUUCAAAUGACAGUCGGAAUCUAAAUUCACUGGUAGAGAAGUUGCGUCAGGAACAAGAGUUUUCCACGUUUUACCGCGGACAGAUCCAUCAGGCAAUUCGAGACAUAAACUGCUGCUGUGACCAGGUCUUGCAGGCCCUCUGGCUCUCACUGUGCCUCGGACAUCUCCUCGACAAGACGAAGCUCCGCCUACUCCAGUCCUCCGAGUGGACAGCUGCCCUGGAGCGGGCUGGUUACGUUCAGUUUGUCGACGCCGCCAAAAUCCUUCGCUCCAACUCGCUCAUCGAGUCCUACAAGAGAUUUCUCGGAGGUUUGCUGGAGAGACCGGCUGCCGUGGCCCGUGUGCUGGUGUGGGCGGAGUCAGAGGGCCGAGACUCCGCCUCCCUAAUCAACGACCUCGUCUCGGUGGUGUACGGUCACUGCGUUUUCGGACGUGACCACGCCCUCUUUCUCCAGCUCCUUCAAGAGCUUCUCGUGCAUCUCGUCUCCGUUGCAGAGUCACCGAAGGAGCUGUUCAGUGGAGUGGAGCCGGUGUUCUGCCGGGUGUUAACGGAGUACUCCAACCAACACCCCAAACUCCAGACGUUCGUUGCUGAAGCCUUUCAAUCUCCACUGUCCGAUAUUCUGACCUACGAGGAUUACCUGGAGUUUGACGUCAACAAGGCGGGCAGCCGGAUUCAGAGCUCUAACGAGGAUACCGGCGCCGGGCGGUUCCUCGACGGCUCCGCCUUUCUCUUCAGCGAGGACCUUGACCUCAGCUGCGGCCGACUCGCGCAACUGGCUGCGCAGUUUGUGGAUGGGAUAUCCCGGUUCUCCGUCCACUUCCCGUCAAGUCUAAAGUGGGUUCUGGCGUCUCUAAAGACGCUCGCCCGUGAAAAGUGGCCGAAUAUUUCGACGGCUGAGUUACGUAGACCUGUCAGCUCGUUGCUGUUCGGUCCGAUUCUCGGGUCGACCAUCGUAAAUCCGGACAGCCACGGGGUGUGCAGUAUGGACGUGGUGGUGGGUCCCGUAGCCCGAUACAACCUGAGCCAAGUGGCGUCAGUCCUGCAGGGCUGUGCCUGGGUAAUGGAGAGACAGGGAGGCAAGUUCUCCAUCCAGAAGGUCAUCAGGAAAAUGAACACCGACUCAUACUGCUCUCUGCUGGACACUCUGGACAGUGGCUACGGUCCAGACCCGCCCCCUCUCCCCUCCUCCCUGCCUGGCCUCAAACGAACUGCCUUCCUCGCCUCGCAGGCCCAGCUGAAUGAUCUGGUGGGACUGGUGUACGAGGUGGCAAAAGACCUUUCCAGAAAAUCCGACACUUCUCCAGUUCACGAUGAGCUGAAACACCUCACAAAGGGGAUGCCAAUGCCGAUGAAGCAGAUGGCCACCUCCUCUGCCUACUUUCUCCCGAUCCUCGCCCCCCUCAUUUCCACUCGCUCUCCGACAAGACAACAGCCGCAGCGAUCCUCUGAGAGCCAAGAUCCCGUCACCCCAGCCAGUGGGGGAGAAGGAGGAGGGAGGGGAGGAGGGAAGAAGAAGGAGUCUGGGAAAUCUUCCGCGAGAUCGGGAAGGAAGCCGCGAUCCAACAGCACCUCAAAUCUGAACCAGAUCUUGAUAACAGCUGCCGGAGUAGGAGGAGGAGGAGGAGGAGGUUUCGCUACAAACACUCGCUCCUCCACCAGAUCAAUUUCUCCCAACAAAAUGACGACUACUCAUGGCAUUGAGACCGGCUCCUUCGUGUCGCCCCCCUCCAGGGGUCGGGGAAGAAAUCUGGAGGUUCCCACGGAAGUUCUGAUUCUCCCGGUCACCAAGAGUAGUAGGAGGUCAAGCAGAGCGAGUGGAGGGGGAGGGGGAGGGGGAGAUGAAUGGGAUUUUGCUGUUCUCUCUCAAGAUGAGUUCAUGCAGCAACAACCCUCUAGCAGAAGUUCUCCCGUCAUCAGCCCCGCCCAUCGUCAUACCAGCCCCGCCCAAAAUCCAACCAGCUCCACCCAUGACUCUACCCAAUGUAUAACAAGUUCCCAAGACACACCCUCAAGUGACCCCGCCCCUCCAUUACAUCAUACCAGCCUCUCCCACUCAGCUGACCCCACCCAAGACACACCCACUCCCGAACCUUUCACCUCCGACUCUCUAGAUACAAAAUCAGAAUCACAUUCCUCGACUUCCGAUCCAGUUUCCCAUUCCUCCAUUCCCAUUCCAGAGCUUUCCAUUCCAUCUGUCCCCGUUCCAAGUUGCCGGUCCCCAAAUUCCAGAGACAUCCCCUAGUUAUCAGAAUGGAACGAGGUCUGGUAGUAACAGCACAAACAGCGUCUGUUCUCCUGUGAGGGAUCAGUGGGUGCGACAGCCACGAGAGUCCUGUUCCAGUACCGGAAUGAGACAGACACACAGCACCGGGUCCGAUUCCAGUCUGAGUACCUGCAUGUCGAGCCGAGACCCGUCCACAAGUCCCCAGACCGUUCCAAAGAAAAGGUCAUUUACCAUCACCAGCAUAGAGAAUGGCAAAUUUCAGCUAAACUUCGACCUUCAGCGAUCACAUAACCCUCCCUCUUCCCCUCCCCCCAUCUCACCAUCCUCCCCCGUCCCUAUUAUCACCACCACCCCCACUCCCCCCUCUCCUCCCUCCGUCACCUCGCCCCUGGCUAACGGGCUAAUCCACCCGUCUCUACCUGCCUUUGAACACACACUACCGAAUGGGACAGAGCGGUCAGAAUCUCCAAAUGAAGCACACCUAACCCCUUCUCGGCUGACCAAUCGAGAAGCCGAUUCUUGCACGCCGGUAGCCCAGCAAAAUCACGAACUUUCACCUUCGAACCCCGACCUCUCGGCCUCGGAUCACGAUCGGGCGUCAUCAGGACAUGACACGCACACAACGAUGGGUAGCUCGGUGGAGAAUCUCCUGGAAGAUAGCCCAAAGGGGGCGGCUGGGAAACAGAGCAAGAAGAAGCGGUGGUUCAAGAGAAGGAAGAUAAAACAGAAACACCUCAAGCAACAAGUGAGCCUGCAGGAAAACAGACCGGUCGAGGACGUCGCGGUGAAGAAAGAGCGGAGCAAGACCCACGACGUUUCUUUUGAAGGUGGUGACGAUGGGAAACGGCAGAGCCUGACGCGAGGCGCUGGGGGGAACGCCGGACAAGUCGACUCCGUGGACACCGGCCCGCGGAUGAACACGCUCAUGAAACGUCGCUCAAACACAAUCAUCGAAAAAUACCGGGCCAUCGUGGACGAGCAGAAGAAGAAGGAGGUCCCGAGAGUUGUGAAGGAAAAACUGGAGUCUCUGCCGCGUUUCGUCCACGUAAAGGUGGGGGAGAUGUGCGCGGAGGAGUUCCGGGAGUCGCUGUUUUGCACGCAGCUGGAGUACAAGCUGCGGGCGGCACUCCAGAACGUCCAUACUCCGUUGACCUCUGACCUGGGUGACGGGGUGAGGGGGUACGAGGUCGCCCGACCUGACUUGAAGUGGCAGCUGACCAGUCUUCUGGAGUCAGGCCUCCAGAGAAGUAGGUGGGUCCACGACAACAUGGAGUCCGCUCUCCUCGCAGAGACACUCAACAUGCUCUCCCAGCUGCCAGACUCUCUAGUGGGCGUGGCUGUCUCGACGGCCCACGAGGAGCACAGGAGACGACAAGCCUACGCGGACUACCUCGUCAAGUCUCACAUGAGGUUCCUGGACGUCCGGCUCCAGGUCGGAGCCGUCCAGACUACCGUCGACAGAUACCAGGACGUGCUGCGGGAGCAGUUUGUCCAGUUUGCAGUGCGGGAGUUCCUCGACAGUCGGAAGGAGCAGCUGGAGGGGCUGCGUGACUCGCUGGUCUCUCUUCCUCUGGCCGACGAGAGGUGCUCCCUCAUGACCGAGAGGGUGGAGGGCCUCUCCGAGGGCCUCAUGGAGCAGCAGACUUGGAGAGACUGGCCGGGAGAGAACGUAGAAAUGGUGACCAGCUACCUGGAAGACCAGCUAUUCUCCCUCCUCUAUCUCCACGUCUUCCAACCCAACUGUGACCUGGACAGACAGAGAGACGAGUUGUAUUCGGCGCACCUUUCGAGAUUAUCGGAGGGCCUCACUCCCACUCAUCCCAGUCUGCAGAUAUCGCCGGUAAGUCAUAUUUACCACAGCGGGUGUCCUUGGAUGUCAGCACAGAAGCACCUCAAGGCAAUGUCUGUAUUCAAGUCACCGAGAGGGAAGGUGCGCUGUAUAGCGGAGAGUUGUCGAGUCCUCAUCAGUCUCCUCCAGUACGCCAAAGUCGGGAGCCCUCCCGGAGCCGACGACCUGUUCCCCGUCCUGGUCUACAUCAUUAUCAUGGCCAACCCUCCCGCACUCCUCUCGACCACUCAGUUCAUCAAGAACUUCCUCGAGGACCGGCUAGUCGGCGAGGAAAAUUACUGGUGGGUCCAGUUCAGCACCGCUGUCGAGUUCACCAAAACUCUCGAGUGAUUUCGAAGUUUGUGACAUCACCGUCUUAUGUACCAGCGCUUUUGCAAUUAAAUUUUUCGCAUAUCAUCAUGGUUACUGAUGUUUUGUGUUCAACCUGAGAUCAAUAAUAUUUAUGUUAUUAUAAUAUCAUAAUAAAAAUUGUAAAAAGGAUUUCAUCAUCACAAAAAGAAGAAAGAGGAGAGGUGAAUUUUCCUUGUGUGUGUGUGUGGUAUGAGAGUUUGACGGUAUGGGAAUGAACCAAGAGGACACUAAUGAAGGGGGUGCUCCACAUAAUUAUAAUCAAACAGAGGAAGAGAGAAUAUGGUGACUCAAUGUCACAUGUGAGCUCAUGUACAGUGUGUGAGAGAGGUCAAAUAAGAGGUCAUGAAGUGGGCGGAGUUUGGUCUCUCUGGGAGGCCUUCACAAAGUCCGGAGAGGUCUUGAAUCGACGGAAGGAGUCCUGUGCCAUCAGUUCGUACGCCGUCUGACGAGCCUCGUCAAACAUCUCCUUGUGAGGAGAUCUUCAGCUGGGCUUCGACCUUCUUUGCCACCGAUGAAUCUAUGUUCAGCGCUUUCGGAGUGCCUUCUCCCACAUAUUCCGCAGCUAUGGCCCGAGCCUCCUUCUCCAGCUUGUUGUCUGGCAGAGUUUUGAAGUGGUCCACUGCCUUGCAGAACUGCAUGUUCUCCAGGCUGUGCUCCAGGGCAAGGUGACGAUGGAACAGGACUCUGCCAUCUGGGUGCUGCAAAACUACGUCCAGCGACUUUCUCCAUUCUCUCAGCGUCUCCGGAGGCACGCUGUGGAGCGUCAGGUCAGGGUCUCCGAAUGACGGAUCCUGCACUCCCGGAGAAGGAAGAUCUCCCGCGCCUUUCUUGUCCUUCUUCUUCUUCUCCGCUUUCCCCUUGCCACCGAACCUGAGGCCGAGCGAGAACAGGUGGUGAUGCGAUCCGCCGCUGGACCUUCUCUGUCGCGUGUGGUCUUCCUCCACGGACAGAUGGUGCGUGGAGGGACCGCCGACUGGUCCGUUACUAGAGACAGCUGCGGCCGUGCUCAUGUCCGCUGCGUCUCUCUCGUGCGCGUCUUUGCCGCUUACUCCUGGCCCAGAACCUAACCACGCUGCCGAUGCUGCUGCCUGCUCUAUGUCGUGGUAACUAAGAGAGCGCUUCACUACGUGCCCGUUGUGAUGAGGCGGGCGUUUCCCGUUCUCCGUUGCGUCGUCGUGAUCGUGACCGUGGCGUCGGACGACGUCCAGGAACCGCAUCAAGCCGUGAUGGUGGUGGUGCGUCGCGUGUUUCCCAUUCGUUGCGUCUUCGUGGUCGUCGACGUUGUCGUGAUCGUGAUCAUCACCGUGGCCGUGGUGUCGUACGAUACGCAGGAACCGGGAGCGCGUGGGGCUCGGGGACGUGUGACGGAGACGUCUCUCUCUCUUGGGCUUUCUCCCGUGGUCCACACCUGCAUCGUCGCAGCUGUACUGCGGAUGGAUGAUGACUGGCGGAGUGUGCGAUAGCAUAUUCCCUGGAUGCGCUCUUCAAAACUGACCCAGCAAACCACGACAGUCGAGCUAGCUACUUGGCCUUUUGUUCACACAGUACACUGGAAUAAUGCACCACUUGAGCUAAGACGUGUAGGAGCCUGCCCCUGCUUAGCUAUAUAGGGUCCCAUCAACAUUCCACAGUCGACACAGCCCAUUCAACACAGGCUAAACCUGACUUAGGUACUGUCUUAUCCCAUUCAGCUUGUCACAGAGCCAGAACCUGCA